AUGGCGGCUGUACCAGCAUCAAUCUCGCCCACGGCGUCCACCCCCUCAGCAGCCGAAGGGUCGCCAUCGACGACAUUCGACAUUGUCGCGUCCUACAACUCGCUGAUCGAGAGUGACCCAAACAUCACACCUCCGAUCGCGGCCAUUGAAUCGCUGAUCAACCUCCUUGCAACGUCGCCCUUGACCACCAUCUCUGAAACCCUCGCCCUGCUGUCAAGUCACUCCCGAAGACUGCUGGAGUCGCAGCGUAACCCGAUUCCACUCUCUGCGGGAACAGAGCUGUUCCAGCGUUAUUUGAUCAGCUCGUUCCAGCAACGGCCGUCGUCGCUAGCGACAUCCGACUUCACCGCAUUACGCCACCACAUUAUCACCCAAUCGUCUCUAUUUGUGAAACGAGCCAACGAGGCACGCCUCAAGAUCGCCCAUCACGCCUUGCCCUUCAUCAGAGAGGACUCCACGAUCAUCACCUACGGCUAUAGCCGAGUCGUCCACGCUGUGCUGACUGCUGCGGCAGAGUCAAAGCGCUCUUUCAACGUCAUCUAUAUCCUGCCCCCCACGGGAAUAUCGUCGUCGCUCGCCGAUUCUAUCACCUCGCUUCAAAGCCUUUCCAUUCCGACCACCACAAUCCCGCUGCACGCCUUGACCUACGCGCUGGCGUCCCUGCCGCCCUCCACAGCUACACCGCCACAGUUCCUGAUCGGCGCCACCGCGGUCUUGGAGAACGGCUCCAUCGUCACGGAACUCGGCACGCACCAGAUCGGGCUCAUCGCCAAGUCCUGUUCCAUCCCCCUGCACGUGUGCGUGGAAUCGUACAAGUUUGUGGGGAACUUCCCGCUCGGGUUUGGGCCAAGUGAUCUUCGAAGGAUGGGGGUCGAGCAGGACGUCUUGCGCUUUUCAUCCGCCAGGGGGGAUACCACGCCGGCCGCUACCGCUACCGCUUCGGAUUCGGACGAGGCCAGCCAGAAGACGAAGAAGCAGGAAGCGAAGUCCGGCUCCAGACCGCCGCUGUCACCAGGACACGUGGAUGAUUGGAUGGUGGAAAUCACGCCGCCGGAACUGAUCUCGGCGCUUAUCACGGAGAAUGGCAUCAUGACCCCCAACGCCGUCAGCGAGGAGUUGAUCAAAUUGUGGUUCUGA